UCGUCCUAGACCCUUAGCGUCGCUCUCACGGUCACGUGCCGCGAUUGCAACAAAUCAAAUCGCCGGUCGGAUAUUAAAAAGGAACAACAACAUAGGUUCGACUAAGUCAUACGUAAUGUUAUAUCGCGAUCGAAAUAUUUUUGUACAGCGAGUCUCGGUGUUGACACGAUCGGACGUAACAGAGUGUUCUCCGGAAGGAAGUACGAUUAUUUCUUGAUAAAUAAUUCUGGUUACAAUCGAAUCAACAAGGACUAAACCACACAGGUCACCCAUCUCUGAAAGAACUAACCAAGUACUAGCGGUGAACGCAUCCAAGGACAAUCACGGGUACCGAUCUGCAGUCGAUGACCCUGAGGAUCGAUCGACCUUCGUGUCGAUCGGCACUUGGUGCAUCGUAAACAGACGUGGGAUACGUGGUACGACCAAGGGAAGAGGCGUUUCAACCGAGAGAGUCACCGAAAGCAUCCUAGAAGAAGAGGACUGUCUUCUAUUUCGAGCUUGCGUCUCUCUGUGACGUCACGUGGACGAAAAUAUCGCGCGGUUAGGGAGGUGCAGUCGUGGCCCUGAUGUGUGGUCCAGGUCUCAAUCUUUCCCAGACUCCCAAAAAUUCCCAGCGGCUACGCUCUUAGAAGAUUUCCUGUUAACCGAUCGGCCGAACGUACGCGCGGCCACCGAUAAAUCCAUUCUCCUCAUUGUACCCGAAAGGUUUCCCUUGCGUCGCCCGUCGGGAUCAGUGAACCGCGAGAGCAGGAUCGCGGAAGAUUUCCCCGAGCGCGAGAACACGUUUCGAGAAAAGUGGGUCGUAACUCUCCCACGUAAAACCGAUCCCCACCUCGCCGUGCCGACGUCCAGGAGUCCGUCAGUGGCACAUCGUACACGUCCUACAGAGGAUCCUCGACGUCUACCGCGGCUCUCGCGAUCCCCGAGAGCUGAAUAUACCACCCCCGAGUUUCACCAGGUGGACCUGAUCGAGAAAGAAAGUCGAGCGUGAUCGGAAGAAACCCUGCGACAGCGCUGAAGAAGAAUGCCAGGCGCCGGUGGUCAACCACCGCAGAGGACCACCUUCAGACCGCCAUGGGUCAAGGAUGGUCCGAACCCUCUGCCGAUGCCGACUGCACCCUGGACACUUAACUCCAGGAGAGACUCCAAAUCGAAGGCCGAAGAACCGCCGGCGUUUACUCAAGUUACUCUCAAAAGUGUGGCGAAGCCAGAAGCAAAACCAGUAGCGAAACCGGAAGCAAAAACAGUAGUGAAACCAGAAGUAAAAACAGUGGUGAAACCGGAAGUAAAACCAGCGGCAGAACCUCAAUCUCGCAAACAGAGCAAAAUCACAAUAAUCCCGGCACAGCCAAAAACCGAGAAGAAUACGACCAGUAAACCGGCACCGAAGCCCCGCGAGAAUGGACGACAAGAGCCAAAUUCGAGGCCACAGCUCGAACGACAGGUUCGAAUCGAGAGGUCUCGAUCUCGAGGUGACACUAUACCUCUCUCCAAGAGUGAGAGUAGUACAGGCGCACCGACGCUGUCGAAGAGCUCUUCGAGGGCAGCGAUCCCGCCGCCGCCGCCGCCGCGACCACCGCCACCGCCACCCAGCCGAACGAUCCUGAAGGACCUUCCGCCGCUCAACGAGUCGCAACAAGAGAAACUGGAGAUGCUGAAGUCGAGGCCACGGAAACGUCCCGACUGGGCGAGCAUGAUGAAGGAGGUGGAGAGCGGAAAGCGAUUGAGACACGUGAAGUGCAACGACAGGAGCGCGCCCCUGAUCGAGAGGGUGAACAAGGUCACUGCCGAUCCAGCAGGGAAGGCACACUUUGUGUUCGAAUCCGAAAAGUCGAACAUGCAUAACCAAUUGCUGAAGCAGAUUCAGGAGGGCGUGAAACUGAAGAGCGUGAAGACGAACGAUCGGUCGAAACCGAUGCUCGAGGGACUGAGGAAAUUCCGGAGGCAGCUGACGAUAGAGGAACAAAUGCAAAAGGCUGACGAGCCUACGGACGAUUCGAUUUCGGAUGAUAUGGACGACAUCGAUGCGGUCAGGGACGAUCUGCAGAGUACGAAGCAAAUGCUUGCUUUGGAGUUAAGAAACAAGGAGGCUUUGGAGAGGGAUAACAAGAGAUUACAAGUAUCCCCUUUACAGGCAAGGAUUUUGAAUCUUGAAGCUGAGCUCGACAGACAAAAAUCUACGAAAACCGUACAAGAACACAGAAAACAGGACGAGAAACUCACAGAGUCAUUGAAACAGGAAGCUCAGCAGGCCAGGAAAGAGGCUGAGAAGUUUGAGAAAGACUAUAUGAAUGUAGCAGAAGAGAGGGAUAAAAUGAAGAACGAAUUGGAGGAGAUGAGGAGAAUGUAUGCUGCUUUGGAGAGGCGUAUGAAAGCUGAGCUUGAGCAAGAGCUUGAGCAAGAGCUUGAGCAAGAGCUUGACGUUGAGCCGAUAAUAGAGCUAGCAGACGAUAGCGACGACGCAGCAUGGUACAAUGUUUCAGGAAUGGCACUGGCUGGUUGUCCAAGUGCAAAAGAUGUAGCAAAAGUGGCUUCUCAAAAGAGUAUAGAUAAGAGAGAGCCAAGCGAAAGCGAAGAAGAUGAAGAGGAAAGCACAGAAGAAGAAGAGGAAGAUGACGAUCCAAAGAUUGCAGCUGAAAAAAGAUUGCAGAGGGAGAUCAAACUUUUAUCAACAAAGAUCAAGAAUUCCAAGGACAAAGCCGUAAAUGCUAGAAAAGAGAGGCAUGCAUUGAAAGAUCAAAUUAAGCAACAGCAAAAAAUGUUGAAAGAAGAGAAAAGGAAAUUUAAACGUCUUCAGAAAGAAGUUGAUAAAAUGGCAAAUUUAAUGUCAGAAACUGAUGAAGAUAAAGAUGAGGAAGAAGAGGAAGAGGAAGAAGAAGAGACAGAGUCUGAAGAAGAGUCUGAAUCAGAAGAAUCUGAAGAAGAGGAAGAUUCUGAGACAGAAAAUGAGGAUGAUUCAUUAGAAGGUCAAAGAGACUUAUUACAGAAACGAGCCAAAAAGCAUGAAGGACGUUUAGCUGCAUUAAAGAAGGGUAAUUAUUUACUCAAAGCACAAGUUGACAGACUGAAAGAUGAUUUAGCGAAGCAACGAGAAGAAAGUAUCUCUUUACAAGAAGAUCUAGACUCUGUCUUAGCAGAAUUAGGUUAAGUUAAUUUAAGGAACAGUGAAAGCUUACUAUGGACAAUUGUAUACAUACACAUAUAAGUAUUACAUAUGAAAAUAUAGAAAAUUUUCUGCCUGAAAAUUCAGACACGCAAAUACACGCACUCACCUAAAUGUAUUUUAUAGGAUACCUCACACUUGAAUCAAAUUUUCUGUUCAGUUUUAUCCGUAGCGUAUGAAAUUACUACUCUUUAAUAACGACUAGUGAACAGAAUAAUUUGUUUUCUCCAGUAUCUAUGGAAAAUGUACUGGAAGCGUUACGAAUCAAAAGAGAAACAUACCAUAAACUAUACCACAUGCCUAUCGAUCAAAACAAAAGACAAAAGAGAUGUAAAUUUUCUAUACAUUAACCAUUGCUCAUCAUAUUUCGCAGAAAAAAAAAUCUUUAUACGAAAAUAUUGGAAACGUUUUUCCUUUUUUUGCUAUAAUAUUGUAUAAUAUUUUUAAAUAAAAGACAAUCGUUAGUCGAUGAUAAAACUUUCUGAUAGGUUAUCACAAACAAAAAGUCAACAACACUCACAUGCUUAUAUAACUGAAAUACAAUCGACGAGCAGGUUUUCCAGAAUUUACAAACUUUAUUUUUUUUAACGAUGACUUCUCUUUUAUUUAGAAUACACGAUGACAUAAAUGUGUUUAUUAUAUACUUUUGUAACUACAAAAAGAAAAUCCACUACCACCCGUUAGAGUGGCCUGAAAAGAUAUGCACAUAUGACGUGAGACAAAAUCCCUAGCAUAUUCCUUGAAUGCAUUGGCGUCGUAAAGUAAACAUUGAAUACACUUAUAAAUUUAUUUACAUGUUUAGUUGUUGCCGCUCAGCAAAUGUACAAAUCUCUCUUUUUUCUAUGAUUGUGUGACGAAACAGUUCUUGUGUUGUUUUAUAAUUAUUCGACUAAUAUGACUAACUAUAAUAAAAGUAAAAUUGUAAAAUACACAGUGUCACUAAAACGAACAGGUAAGGACGAUGCCGAAGUUUUUAAAAUUUAAAAUUAUAUUUGAAAAUCAGAAUAUCGCUAUAGUUCUCUGUGGAUUACAUAUUCUAUACAAUGGUGUUGUAGUUUUUAGAACAUUAGUCGUACCUUAAGUAUUUUUAAGCAUGCUUGAAUUAUAAAAAUGUAUUCGCGUUUGAACAAUUCCGCGUCAACAAGUGUGAUGACAACAUUGCACUGCGAGCUAAGUUGAAAAAAUAAGCUGAACUUUUAUUAGUGCGGAUAGUUCAUGCAUCUUUCGAGUGACACACUGAGAAAGAUGUAUUCGUUAAACCGCGCGUAACACCUUGCGUACGCGACGAAGUUCGUGAAACAACGGAGGCAUUAAAGUGCAGGUAAUUAAAUUCUUAUUGCUCUCCAUUAUUAUUAUUAUUAUCACUCUCAAAUUAUGCACAUAAUAUGCA